AUGAAAAGCGCUGAAACAAGAAACAGCGACAAUACUGCACCUGCCGUCGCCGCUCCUUCAGAGGAUGCGCCACUAGUACUCUUUGACACGAACUCCCAUAGCCAGGUUCCCCUAAUUGACAAGGAAAAUCCUUUUUACUGCCCGAGCUUCCCAGCUGCAGCAUAUCUGGCUACCCUCCGGCAAGCUCGUAAAUCGAAUCCUUUCAUUUUUCAAGACAUCUCUUUGCGCUCUUUUUUCUGGAAAAUCGGUCUCUGCUUCGCAAAAGAAACCCAAAAUCAUACCAGCAAUUCCAUCACUCGCAAUAGCCUAGAUGCACCUUUAUGGUCGAGUAGCCCGGACGUUCAGUCACCAAUCAUUCUCGCACGAAACCAAGUCUCAGAUGAUUCGCCAGUAUUGCGACGUGGAUCAACUGGGCUGGCAUGGCGGAGAGCUUCUACGCGCGUCCCAAAGCGUCCUCGAGAUUCUUCCGAGCCUGAAGAUCCUAUCUUUUUUGGAGGACUGUCGAAACGAGGUCGUUCUUCACAAUCCAUUCAUACGAGCCCUGUCGAUAAUAGUGGAAUCGAACCGUUGUCUUAUCAUCACGAUCCACUCGCGGUAUCAUAUCAAGUCAUUCCAAGGACUUUCCCAGGUUUCUCCCUCUCAAAUACUAAACAUACACAUAUACUGACUGUAUGCGUCUCAGCGUGGGUCUAUGAAUCUGAAACAGGAGAUGAGACACCAGUAGACCUUUCUUACCUGGUGAAUCGCCUCGAAAUGGUCAUCCCGGGCACGGGGGUGCGCCAAACGUUCCUCGGAGACCCUCUGGCCGUUCUGCACCUCACUCACCAGAAAAUCACAAACGUUCUAGCAGACCGGGGACUCCUUACCGAAAUUGUGUUGACGCUCCUGCGAGGUGGCAAUAUCGAUAGAUUGGUGUUAGGUCCUACGAUGUGCGAGGAAGAUGGGCUAAAUUUACAUUCAGGCAAUCUUUUACGCGUAUUCAGCAAACCUGGUUACUACUUGACGCUCAAGGAGCUAGUCCUCGAUGGCGCCCACUUGGAACGCGAUUUCGACCUCGUUCACAUCCAACAACUUCCUAACCUAGAAAGACUCCAUCUCGAGGGGACUGAUAUCGGAAACGAAGCAGUAUUCUUACUGGUCACCCUCAAAGAGAAGUUGUAUCAUCUGAACCUUGCACACAAUCCGAAGAUCGACGACGACGCAAUACCUGCUAUUCUCCUACUUACCAACCUUGGGUAUCUUUCGAUUCAGGCAACUGGAAUCGAUAUGCCUGGCUUUCGUCGGCUCGCAGCGGUAAUCCACGCCGAGGAUCGUGUCAUUGACAUUGAAAUUCCAUUCAGAUGCGAGAAAUACAUCGAUAACUUGCACAAGCAAUACCUCGUUGAUCCUGCGUUGCCUCUCAUCACUGAUCCCUCUGCAUGUCCAUUAUUAUCAGAUGUCGCGCUCAUCCGCAACCUUCAAGCUCACGCCGACGUCAACCCCUCGAUUGUACCGACAGGAACGCGUUUAGAGAUGAUCGAGAGAUUGAAGAAGCUCUUGGAACGAAGGCGGAUGGACCUUGUUGUGCGUAGUAUGAUUUGCGGUGAACCUGGGGAGGUCUGA